UGUCGUUCCUCCCAAAAUUCAUCGACCUCUCACACAACCUAUCUUCUGGGACCCAAAUCUACCCCGGGGAUCCCUCGUUCUCUUACACUCCGCAUGCAACGCACGAGAAGGACGGGUACGCAGUUCAGCGGCUUUCGCUCGGCACGCACACAGGGACGCAUAUCGACGCCCCAUACCACUUCCUCGCCGACGGCAAGACGAUAGAGGACGUGCCUCUCAACAAGGUCGUCGGAGGACUCGUCCUGAUUGAUCUGGCCGAUACGAACUUGAGGGAACGCCAGAAGAUAUGGUGGGAGCAGCUCGUGCCGCAUGCGGAGGGCAUACAAGAGGGUUCCAUCGUGUUGAUCAACACGGGCUGGUCGAAGGCGCACUACGGGACGGAGACGUAUCUCGCGCACCCAUAUCUCGCCCCAGAAGUCGCGCAUGAGCUGCUGGCAAGAGGCGUUCGCGUCGUUGGUACCGACACUCUGAACCCAGACGAAACGCCGGGUCCGGACGGCAAGGAAGGACCAGAUGGGUUCGGGUUUCACCAGGCCUUCCUCGGUGCUGACGGUGUCAUUGCUGAGAAUCUGACCAACUUGGAGGAGCUCGCAGAGGCGCUGAAGACAAGCGGAGACGAGGAGAGGUGGAUCGUUAGUCUGAUUCCGCUCAAGUUGGUCGGAGCGGACGGGUCGCCCGUACGAGCCUGUGCGUUCAACGUGCCAAAGUAGA